AUGUUCCAAUUAAAAACUCAUUUGGGUGUCAAAGAAAAAACACAUGAUAGUGAUUUAAAAACAGCUAAAGAAAAAGUGAUACAGAAUAAAAAACUAUACAAACAAAUUCAUCAUUGUGCAGAAAUUCUUCCAAGUCAAGCAUUUACACCAAUUGAUACUUUAAAACAAACUGCUAUUAUGGUUAAUGAUUCUAAAAUAGUAGAUAUAUUAAAUUCAAUUGAAAAAACAGGAUUUGAAGAAAUAGAACAAAAUUUAAUUUAUCCAUUGAGACAACAUAUUGAAUAUUAUGAUGAUUUACAAAGAAGAAUUGAUGAUUGUCAUAAAACAAGAAUUGAUAUGGAUAGACAUAAAGAAAAACUUGAAAGUUUAAUGAAAAAAACAGGAAAGGAAGGAAAAAUUAAUGAAUAUAGAAUCAAAUUUGAUGCAGAAAAAGAAAGAUAUUCUAAAUUACGAAGUGAUAUUAUUAAUGAAACUGAAUGUCUAGAAGAAGAACGAAUGACAAUUGCUAGACCAAUUAUGAGUAGUUUGUUAGUUUGUUACACAAAAUAUUUAAAAUCAGUAUCUAAAGAAUGGAAACAAAUUGAAGAAAUCAUGAAAGAAAUCCCACCAAACUUCCAAUUCUCUGAAGAACAACAUAAAAUUAUUCCUACUAUUGGAACAAAAUCAAAACAAUAUAAAAUGGUACAAAGUUUAUAUUAUUUUGAACCAAAUGAAGAAAAUGAAUUACAAUUAAAUGAAGGAGAUAUUAUCAAAGUAUAUAAAGAAGAUGGAGAAUGGUGGUAUGGUGAAAAUAAAGGUAAAACAGGGUAUUUUCCAUCAAAUUAUGUUAGAGUUAUAUGA